AUGGACGGUGAACAACCGUACAAAAUUCAAAAUGAUUAUCAUCAACGAGCUGCUGGUUUCCUUCGUCAAGCACUUGAAUUCGACGAACAAUCACAUAAUAAAGAAAUGGCUAUACUAUUAUACAAACAAGGUAUACGUGAAUUAGAAAAAGCAGUAAAUUUAAAUGUUGAUCCUAAAGAUAAUCGUGCUGUGGAAUUGCAUGCAAAAAUGCGUAAAAAUCUAGCUAUGGCUCGUGAACGAGUGCAUGCUUUACAGGAUUUACUGCAUAAAGAGAAUGCAGCACCAGCAAAAGCUCAGGCUGUUCCAACAAAAGCUCGUCCUAUUCCAACAAAAGCUCAACGUCCCACGCCUCCUCGUAAAGUUGCUUCACCACCUCCAUCUGCUUUACCUAAAUUUUGCUAUCGUGCUUUGUCACCUGCUAUUGCUUCAUCUUCUUCUUCGUCAUCAUCAUCAUCAUCAAAACGUGUAGCACUUAAGCCAAAACAGGCACCUACACAUGCAGUUAGUGCUGAAAAAAAAGAACUACCAUCAAAAUCAAAUGAUGAUGCAGCUGCUGCUCAAAACAAACAACCUUUACUCAAAUUACCUAAUGUUGAAAAACAACUUAUUUCAUAUAUUCUUGAUGAAGUUAUAGUAAAUAAACCCAACGUUAAAUUCACUGAUAUUGACGGUCAAGAAAGAGCCAAACGGGCACUUGAAGAAGCUGUUAUUUUACCUGUUCUUCGGCCCGAAAUGUUUACUGGUCUACGAGCACCCGUAAAAGGCAUUCUAUUGUUCGGACCCCCGGGUAAUGGCAAAACAAUGCUGGCAAAAGCUGUUGCUUCUGAAGCAAAAGCUCGUUUUUUCAAUAUCAGUGCAUCUAGUUUAACAUCAAAAUAUCUUGGUGAAGGUGAAAAACUUGUUCGAGCUUUAUUUGCUGCUGCUCGUGAAUUACAACCAUCAAUUAUCUUUAUUGAUGAAGUUGAUUCAUUACUUAGCGAGCGUAAAGAAUCUGAACAUGAUGCAAUGCGUCGAUUAAAAACGGAAUUUCUUGUUCAAUUUGAUGGUGUUCAAACAAAUAGUGAUGAUCGUAUUCUUGUUCUUUCUGCAACAAAUCGCCCAUUUGAAUUAGAUGAUGCAGCAUUAAGACGUUUUCCUUGUCGUAUUUAUAUUCACUUGCCAGACUCAAGAACACGUCGACAUCUUUUACAACAUUUACUUAGUAAACAAGAACAUAGUUUAACUGCUAGUGAUUUCGAAUGGAUUGCUAGUGAAACACAUAAUUACUCUGGUAGUGAUUUAACUGCAUUAGCCAAAGAUGCUGCAAUGGGUCCCGUACGUGAAUUACGUGUUGAUGAAUUAAAACAAUUAUCUGUUAGUCGUAUUCGACCAGUAUCACGACAAGAUUUUGUUCAAGCAUUAAGAAAAAUUCGACCAAGUGUAUCACCAUCAACAAUUGAAAAAUAUAUUACAUGGAAUCGUACAUUUGGUGAUUGUAGUUCAUAA